AUGUCGACGAAGUCAAACGACGAGAACCCUGAUGCUAUCCGCAUCUUAGCUCUCCAUUGCGAAGAAAUAUUCCAUAGAAUAUCCGAAGACUCGUCUUUAGGCGUUUUGGCCAGCCUUUUCGCCGACUACGAACAACGGUUCCUGGCCUGGACUGCUUACGCAGGCGUCUUCGCCCGUCCCACCCAGUGCCUCGACGAACGCUUGAAGAAUACCCCAGACAUUCAAGACCUCAUCAUACGUGGCCUUGACGCCUUAGGGAGGUCCCUGACCUUUGUGGCAACUAACCGAGAUCAAUUCUCAAUUGAUGACAAUAAUGAAGGAAUUAGUGACUUUGAAAUAAAACAGGGUCACUUGUUUGAGAUUGAAGAAACUCUUGAUCAGUUUAGACGACUUACAAAUGCAAUCAGAGAAUCCACACGCUCUAGUUUCGACCAAAAAGCCAGGACGUUUGCUGAGAAAGAAAUUCUCCAGCCAGUCAAGGAUUUGUUCGGGUUGAUAAUUGGGGGUCUAUAUCCUCACAUUCAGACGCCUCUCAAAGACCUCCUCACUGCAUCUAUGUUCGAUCGGUUUGCAAGGAUAUCUCUACUGAACGAUAGAAAGGUUACCCUGUCAACACGAUAUGACCAGGGCUCCAACUUGUCUGUUAUCCUUGAGAACCGUCAACAAAAUGAACAAACCAAAAUGUCGCCGGCCAAAGCUUUUAUCCAUAGCAUGUCUUAUCAUGAGCCACCCGAACGCUCUGUAGCAGCCCUGUCAUCUAUAGACAGUCAAGCGUUGAGGAGAAAUUUAGAGAAUCCUCAGAAGCCGCCUCCCCGAACAAACCAAACCCCCUCCAUCCUGGUUAACCAACAUGAUUAUCCACAAGCUCCAAAGCCAAAUAUGCUAUGCAACUGGUGCGCCAAGCCCCUGGGAAAACGGGAUUUGGGAUCUUCUCAAUGGAGACAGCACGUGGAUAAUGACCUGAAGCCCUAUGUAUGCCUCGUCGAGAAUUGUACUUCGAUAACUACUUACGCCAGCUUUCGAGAGUGGUCUAGUCAUAUGCAGCAGCAUGGCGAGUAUUGGUAUCGUACUAUCCACCCAGGACUAACAUGGACUUGCCCACUUUGCGCAGGUGGUGAAUCAUUCUUCAAUGAUACCGCUGAGCUCCUGCAGCACAUGACGAGACUCCACCAGAGCAGCGGUUUCCAAAAGGAACAGCUCGAGGUAAUUGCUCAACAGAGCCAAGGAAAUAGAUACAGAGAAGAGAACGAAUGCUUACUAUGUGGACAUUUCGUCAAUGGCAACGAAGUUUUGAUCCCGGAUGCCACAGAAGAGCGUAAGUCGCUUGACGGUAUCAUGCGCAUGAAUCCCAACGCAGAUUUAGGCCAUCGAGACUCCAUGGCUCAACAUAUCGCUUCCCAUCUGCGAACUCUAAUGCUCCUUACCCUGCGGAUCACUGCAUUACAAAGAAGUGACAGUGUAGGGGAGGGGGAGGCAAGCGCGAGUAGUUAUGCAGGGGAUACUUGCAUAUCAAGUUAUCAGGAUCUACUGCAGUCAGAAUAUUCCUCAUCCAUUACCCGCUCUACGAUGAUGAUUACGGAAUUAUUGGAUCAUUUCCGCCAAUAUGUGGACGCGAACCUCGCGCAUGGUGUGAACGGCGACGACCAGAAGGUCCCUUACAUUGCGCCGGCAAUAUUGGACGACUACUGGACCGAAAAGCGUCUCGAUGACAUUCUCAACGCUCACGAACCACCCAUCCCACAAAGCGCGGACAUGAUCAUCAGCCAGUAUCUUCGAAUAUUCUCUAUUCUUGUUUAUAUCGGGGAGCCUGGCGAGAUUUCUUGGUUUUGCCCUCACGUCAGAUACAUUAACGACAUGCACUUGCCGUUGGACAGAGACUCUUUCCCCAUCCGAUGUCCAUGGGCCGGGAAUUUCUUAGAAGCCCAGUGGAUGUUUAAUCCAUUGAUUCUCACCUUUGACUUUAUCUAUAAGCGCAUCGUACCAUGUAAGACAAUAUUGCCAGUAACAUACGAGGAGCCGCUCACCGAGAAGCGCGGUGGGCAUUCCAAGGUUUGGAAAGUACAGUUGCACCCCAAAUGCAAUUUGGUUACUUUAGAGAAUGAACCUGUUGUUUUUAAAGUUUAUGAAGGCGCCCACGCUGAAGACCUCUAUACAGCUGAAACCGGUGUAUACUUGAAGCUUCGCUCGAAAGAGAAUAAGUAUAUCACCAACGAUUUUGCAUGCUUUUCGUUCCAGGGGAAGCAAAAGUUCAUCAUCGUCCUGGAGUAUGCAGCUGGGGGCUCUCUUCGGGACUUUUUGCAAAACACGCCUCUCCCUGAGGAACCGGGUGACUUUCAUCUACUCUGGGGUCGCCUUUCGAAGCUUCUAGACGCGCUUGAAGUGCUACAUGAUAUUUACCGUUCGGAUAGGCAGUCACAGUGGCUAUUUGCAGGGGUUCAUCAAGAUAUCCAGCCAGCGAAUAUACUUGUCUUUCCACAAAAAGACAAGAGUACCCCAUUUGACGUCAUAUUCAAGCUUAAAAAUCUUGGACUGGCGGAGAUAGGGAGGGUGUCGACAUCAACAGGUACAAUGAUAACGGGGAACAGAGGCAACCGGAUGUAUAUUUCGCCCGAGUGUUUUACCAAUUUCUCUGUUCAAGAACUUGUGAAGACAGAUCUUCCGCCAACUGCAGAUAUUUGGUCCCUCGGGGCUGUAUUCAGCGACGUGCUCAUUUGGUCAAGUCUCGGUGAACUUGGCCGGGAGAAAUACCGAGUCAGACGAAGAGAAGAGACUUCGAUACAACGAGACUUGAGAGCCGCCAAUUUUGACGGCUGCUUCCAUGACGGGGUGGAUAGACUUGCGGCCGUUGAGGAUUUUCACAACUUGACCCUGGAGAAUAAGAGGCACACAGACGCGAUCUCGCCUUUGAUAAGUAAGCUUAUUCUUGAGCACAUGCUUACUGAUGUUCGUGAGAGGGAGACGGCAAUGCAGAUUCGAAAGCGAGCGAAGAAGGGCAUGACGAAACUUAAGAACGAACCGUCUUUAGAAUCGCGGCAUAUCCAGACAAACGGGAAUCAACUGCAGAUGCCUUUUCGAACUCGAGUCUCGACCGGACGGUCUGCAACUUCGCCUUCUCCAACACUUGCGCAACGACCGCCCCCCAUACCUGCACCCACGACAUUUGAGGGUCCCCAAGAGGCGACCCAGGGGACUAUAACAGAUAGGACUUAUUUCCAGCACUCUCCUGUCAAAAACCUGUCACCAGUGAGAGGAGCUUCGCCAGAACGACCAGAAUCAUCUGAAGCCCAACGUCAGAGACCAGACCCCAACCCUGAACCGGCGAGCACAAUGGUAACAGUCGACAUGGUGUAUCAAAUACUGGAAGAGAAGGAUAGCUUUAACCCUUUUAUGAACCCCUUCAACAAAAGAGCCGAAAAGUCAUAUAGAAUUAUGGAUCUUCCGGGGUUGAUGGAAGCACGCAGUAAGAUCGAAGAAAGAAUGGGAAGAGAUCAAAUCAUGGUAAUCGACAAUUUCAGCUCCAUGAAAAAGCAUAGGCAAAGCGUCAUGAGAACCGCCAGGGUGAUCAGCUACGUAGCCAAAGUGGCCGACACCAACGGCAUGGAGCUCUACGCCGCCUCAGAAGCCACCAAGAAACCCCGCGUCUGCAUAACAAGCUCCCAGGUUGAAAAAGCAAUCGGCAGGAUGGAGACUGUCAGCGGGACCUGCAACAUGUGGAGAUCUCUCGACCUGAUACUCGACCGGAUUCUCGUCGGGACAAAGGUAAAACCCACGAGUAUUUAUGUCUACACAGAUGGGAUUUGGGAACCCGGUGCGGAAGAGAUCAGACGUGCUAUACGGAGAGCGAUUGAUUAUCUGAUUCAAUGUAAUCAGUCAUCAUCAACGCUGAUGUUUCAGUUCAUUCAGUUCGGUGACGAUGUGGAAGGAUCAGCUCACCUGAAGUAUCUCCAUGAUGAGUGUACAAGGAAGCAUAAAUAUGAAACAUACGACAUCGUUGACACUAGGCGGUGUGAUGACAAUAUACGGGAAAUUGUAAUCGGCAGCAUAUCCAAAUAUCAUGAUGAAAAGAGAUUCACGGUUGAAAAGUGGCGUUUGGGGAAUACUUGA